UAUCAACGUUGCCUAGGCGAUAAUAUUUUUAUUAAAAGCUUAGAUCUUCCUGUACUUCAUUGAAACUUGAGAUUGUAAGAGACCUGAUAUGGAGAUGUUUAAAGCUAAUGAAAAAGAGUACUCAACUCACAAAAGAGAUAUUUUACCCCCUCUUGAAGCCUCUGGAGCUGUUAACCAUUCAAUACCAAGUUCAGAAGGACAUAAACGAAAAAGAAGGAAAAAGAAACGAGAUAUUGGUAGUAGAAUAAAGACUGACAGUGAAAUUCUUGUUGAGAAUGAUUUGUUAGUUCAUAGAACCAACAGUAUUCCAAGCACAGUAAAUGGAUCAUACAUGAAUGUUGUGGAAAGUGAAACUGCAAAUAAUAAUUUUGAUUUGCAACAGAAAAGAAAAUCAGAUUUACCUGAGGAUGUGAGAAAAGUUGCUCUCACACUUGCAGUUAGUAAUAUAAAACCACAAGCAAAGGAGAACCUAGCCACACUUGACCAUAUUGACUAUGUGCUUGUCUUUUGUGAUGAUGAUAAACACAAAGAGAUGAGUAAUGAAGUUUUAAAUGAACUAAGAAAUAAGUUUGAAAAGAAAGUGGAACUUGAAGGAGUCACAAUUGUAAGAAAGAAGAAAGGAAAUACGACAUUUGUUGUAAUGAGUUGUUCUUUUGAAAGACUUUGUCAAGAAGCAGAGGCUGUUUCCCUAAAAAUGCCACUGGCAGGUUUUGAAGCUCCAUAUGACCGUGGGCCUUUGCCAGGAUUUUGGGAAAGAUUCAAAACAGAUGAUGAAGUUGAUCUCGUUAGUGCCUUAUUUUGCGCUUCCAAAAAAGAGAUUUACGAGGGCAUUGAGGAUCCUAAUUCAUUUUUUCGACCGUCACUUCGAACGUUAUUGGUAUAUCAUAUUCUCAUAAACUUAAAUCUUAAAGAAAAUACGGAUGUGAAUACUUGGCACGUUCAUAGGAGUGACCAAGGGCUGGCAUACAUGUUGAUGCACGGUGUCUAUUCAGAUGCCUUAUGUAUCCACGCACCAUCAAAAAUGGAUCCAAUGUAUCCUGAUAUAUCUGAUGAAGAAAGCAUAGGGAAUAAUAGUUUUUUAUCCAGUUUGAGUGACGUUAAAGAAAGUGAUCCGCGGAAGAACCUUAACGAUACCUGGUUAAAAUGGAAAAAGUUCCAACCACUCUGGAAAAUAAGGAAUUAUUUUGGAGAACAGAUUGCACUUUACUUCGCUUGGUUAGGUUUACUGGUCAGUUCCUUGUGGAUUCCAAUGAUAAUUGGUUUAAUUGUGGCUUUAUGGGGAUUCACAAAUGCAACGUUAGAAUUAAUAGAACACCAAAAUGCAGGGAGAAUUGAAGAGCGCAAAAGUAGUAAUGAUACAUUAUCCGUUGGUGACACUGUGCAAGGAUGGUUGCGAGGUUCUUUCGAUAAUGACGCAACACCAUUCUUUGCCCUUAUAACCUGCUUGUGGGGAACAAUAUUUCUUGAACUUUGGAAACGCAAAAACGCAGAAUUAGCAUACCAGUGGGAUGUGAGUGAUUUUGAAGAACAGGAACCAAAUCGACCACAGUUUUAUGGAACAAAAAUACAAAAGGAUCCAAUUACUGGUAAAGAUGUCUGGGUUUAUCCUCUGCUGAAAAAAUAUAAGAAACUUUUUGGAUCUCUUAGCGUUUUGUUGUUUAUGGUAUGCCUGGUCUUAGCAGCAACCGCUGGCAUCAUCAUUUAUCGUGUAAUAUCACGGGUCGAUUUAUUUGACAGAAAAGGAUCCAUAGGCCCCACUUUGGCGAGUGUGACGUCAUCAUUCUUAAAUACAAUCUGUAUUAUGGUGAUGGGGAAGUGCUAUCAACGCCUUGCAGUUAUUCUCACCGAGUGGGAAAAUCAUCGCACUCAAACUUCUUAUGAUGAUGCCCUCAUCGUAAAGUUAUUUGCAUUCCAGUUUGUUAAUUCAUACGCUUCAUUAUACUACAUUGCCUUCUUUAGAGGGAGCACAAAUGAAAAUGGUGUCCUGAAUAAAGGUGCUGAGUACAGCGAUAGUUGCGGAGAAAAUAACGACUGUAUGACUAUGUUAUCAUUACAAGUUGCUAUGUUGAUGAUCAUGAAACCGCUACCAAAGUUUUGCACUGAUUAUCUUUUGCCAUGCCUUGAACGAUUCUGGCACAGACAUGUAAAACGGGGAUGUUGCUGGUGUUGUAAGAAUCAGAAAGUUCAUAGCUCAUUUGAAAUUUCUAUCGAAGAUGUCAUUGAAUGCGAGUUAGAAAAACCUGAACUUGGAGAUUUUACACUUUCAGAAUAUAGCGAAAAAGUGAUACAGUAUGGAUUUUUGAUGCUUUUUGCAGCUGCAUUUCCCCUAGCUCCCUUGAUCGCCCUUGUCACCAAUAUGUUUGACUUGCGAUUGGAUGCAAGGAGGUUACUAUGGACAAACAGACGUCCGGUGGCUUUUAGAGCUGAAGAUAUUGGAAUGUGGUAUUCGAUUCUGGAAUUCUUAAACGUCGUUGGAGUUGUGACGAACUCAUUUUUAGUGGCAUUUACAUCACAGUACGGUCGUAAUUGGGAAGGUGACUUGACGCACGUCACGGUUAUUCAAGAGAUACAUAACUCCACCACAAAUGCGACCGUUCUGCUUCAAACUAUCACCGAGCAAGCUCCGAGCAGAAACAGACUGUGGUUGAUCAUUGGUUUCGAGCAUAUCGUGUUUGCUGUGAAGUUUCUCAUUGCACUGGUUAUCCCAGACGUCCCGUCACAUGUGAGAAUAGCAGAGCGUCGGGAGAAAUACCAUGUUGAUCAGUUGCUUGAAAAAGCUGGAGUAAGCACUGGACCAAGGAAAAAACCUUCGCAAACAAAAGAGCAAAGAGAUAUGGAAGUACAAACCUCUUACUCAACAAUUCCUUCUUCCAGUAAAAGCGAGUUAGGCCAUUCAAGUUUCCUUCAGACCCAGGUCCCAUCAAAACUACGUUCGCGUGCGAAUGAAAAAGACUGUCAACCCAUGGCAACAUCAGUUGAAAGCGAUGCUGCCAUAAAAAACACAAAUAUAGCGAAAGAGGAUUUAUACGAACAUUCACAAUUUGUCAAUCCAAUUCCGCCUGCUCUGCCUCUAGGAUAUAAACCAAAUUUACCCGUUAUUGACAAUCCUGCAAUAGGUAGUUCUGUAGCGUGAAAAACCGUUAUGGUCUGGUGAAGAAUGUAUCUUCACGAACUUUUUCGAACAAUCAUUGAAUGCUACGCCCACGGUUAAAAAGCGUGUUUGCAAUCUCGUGUUGACCGUCAUUCCAAACACUGAAUGAAUUGAAACUCCCCCAAACCAAAUAGCUCUUGAUGUUCCCGAGAUAUAGCUGAUCUUCAGCCUGAACGGCCGCAGCCUAUUAUCGGAAGGUCGGAACCCGGGGUUUCCAUAGCACCCGGCUCGCUACACAAAAUAAUAGACUAAUCUAGAUAGCAUAUUAACAAAAUCAUGAAAC